AUGUCUAGAAACAUUCCGCCGGGCAGACCAUCUUCUGCGACAUGGCAGUGUCCAGGAAAAGGAAAGUCAUUUCCGUGUUUCGAGUGCUGCCGCGCUUUUAACGACAGAGGCGAGCUGACAAGCCAUGUUCGCUCAGCACACCCGGUACCUCCAUCUUCAAGAAAGAAACGCCCUGCCACGGCUGUUACGUCGUCCCAGGUCUCGAGUUUGAGCAACCAGGAAAAUCUUCCAGUUGGAGCUACCAUUGAGACGCUAUCCCACGGACACCCAGUCACAGUGGCAGCACAGGCGCUUGCCAAUAUAUCGGGGUUGGUUAACCGGCAACGCACUCCGGGUAUGGCAGCGAGUGAUGGCGAGUAUAACUCAACACAAGCCCAACACAAGCAGACCAGUUCUGACGGUACCGACGGUGGUACCCAAGGGGUAUGCCUCCGGUCUCUAUAA